AUGCUAUCUUCCACUCAUCAUCAAAAGGCCAAGUUUCAGCAGUCAGUGCUGCAGGAGGUAGAGUGCUUCCUGUCCAUCCGUCCCCUCUACCAAGACUUGGAAGCCUUGGCUGCCCGGGACCAAGAUCUUCAGAGACUAAGGUUGGGGCAUGUGGUCCCUGUAGUCCGGGCCAUGCCAUCUUUGAAGCAGCGCCAAGAAGCUUUUGACAACUACCUGCGUCUGAUCUAUGGGCCUGGCCUGGUGGAGUUACAGUCUAAAAGGCCUUCCCAGCAGUGGAGCUACAUGACCCUCUCCACGGACUCCAGGACAUUGCCCACCGCCAGCUCCUUCCAUUGGUGGGCUGAGGACUUCAUGAAAGGGCAGCCAAUGCCCCCAGUCCUCCCCCCAAAGGACCUGGGCACACUGUGCCAGCGCCUGCUUCGUCCUCCCCGGGUCCCCUUACCCCUUGUCCCAGCCUCCAGGGAGGUUCACAGCCAGGCAUCACAGCUGUUGGCCAAGUCCUCGCUGAGCUGCAGUCUGGGACUCAGCCUAGACCUGCAGCUGCAGUCAGAUCACUUCUGGAAGGGGGCACAGGUGUUCUUGGAAACCCUGCCCUCUGACCUGCCAAAAAAGAUCCUGAGAAGGAGACACCCCAAAGAGCUUCACAGCAGCCCCCAGGGCUUCUUCCCUGCUGCCAUCCAGACCCCAAACCAGAAGCUGAGGCUGCAGCCCAUCCUUUCCUCGAGCUUCAUCCCCAACUCGGUCGUGCUGCAGCACCUGUGGCAGCAGGAGGAGAUGGGGGGCCUUGGAACCCUUGUCCACCUCUCCCCAGAUGACAGGCACAAGCCCAGAGCCAGCUGGGACAACCUGCGGCUGAGCCAGACCACCAGAAGGCGUUCCUCCAGGUGGCAGCACAGGCUGCUCCACCUGCUGGAAGAGAAGCUGGAGGUGGAGGAUGAGGAAGAGGAGGUUGAGGAAGAAGACAAGGAAGAGGAGGGAGAAGAUUGGAUCCAGGUCCAGACCUUCCACAGCUGGCAAAUGUCAGGCUCCAAAGAGUCGUUGCAGGGAUCAGAGUCAGAGGCUAAGAGCAUACCGCCUCCUGGACCCCACACCUCCCACUUCUCCACGCGUCACCGCCUCCGCCACCGGAGCUCGCCUUGGGAGAAGCGCCUGGCUCACCUGCCCGGUUUCCUGCAGUACUUCGUCAGCCAGAACUGGUUCAAAAAGCUCUUCCCCACUUUCACCCUGGAGGCUUACCCUGAGAUGAGCACAGUGGAGGGCCUGGCCUCUCUACUCAUGGACCUGCUGGAGGGGGCUUCGUGGGAUGAAGGUGUCCACAUCCUGGCAGCUCUGCUGAGACUGCUGCCGGAAGUGAGCGGUGACCUGUGUCGGCAUCUGCAGGGCAUCCUGGUGCACUUGCUCAACCUGGACCAGCCUCCCAGCCUCCAGGACCGGACGCAGAAGCAGUUUGUGAUGCUGGCCUUGCAGCUGCUCCUGGCCUGCACCCUGGAGUCUCGAGACGUGGUACUGGAGCUCCUGUCCUACUUCCUCUACUCACCUGCCGAAUGCCAGGCUGAACUCAGGAAGCUGCUGUAUGCCUUAGGCCUCCAGGACCCACAGGGCAUCUUGUUCAAGGAGAUGAAGACCUGGGUCCCAGGCAGCCAAAUGGACUCCAAAGCCUGGCUGCGCAAUUGCUGCCACCAGAAGCUAGAGGAUAUGGUCCAGAACUUGCAGGUCGAGACUGGCCGGACCUGGAAUCUCACAGAUGUUCUCAGACUGCCUGAAGAGGAGCCUCAGGCUUGGAGGCAGGACAGCACCUUAAAGAGCACCCUGUCGAGGGCAGGACAGCCUCUUCCUUGGGCUGUGACACCACCAGAGGACACCAUAGAGGCACGUCUUGGCUCAGCUGCCUCCUCCGCCGAUGGAAGGCUCGAGUCUGUUCGUGAUGAUAAUAGGGCUCUUGGAAAAGUCCCUCCCCAAGUAGAGCUGGGAACAGCCCCUCAGAAGUCACUGACCAAGCCAUCCCUGGUGCAGCAGAGCCGCUGGCACACCCGGCAGACUCUCUCAGAUUCACUACAAGCCUUCCACAUGGUGCCUGAGGUUUUGGCACGCUCCGUGCCUGCCAAGGCACAGGAUCUGUCAAAGAUGUUCGAGCAGAUGCACGGGGUGGGCUUGCAUGGCCUGCAGCUGCCUCUCGAGCAGACCCAGUGGUCGCAAGCACAGCUGAUGGACAUGGAGUACAUUGAUGCACUCAACCUCUUCUGUGAGCGGCAGCUAGCGCAGCAGUGGGGUCUGCGGCAGGAGGAGCCCAAGACUGAGACCAAGCACGAGUCCCCAGUCAGACAUGUACCCAACACUGUGGUGCCACAGCCCCUGGACCGCCGGUACCAUCCUGUCCCCCGCCUCCAGGAGCCCCAGGUCCAGAUCCCAAGAGGCCGGAAGCAGCCCUGGCUCUGUGCAGGUGGCCCUCUGCGUCUGCUGAAGCUCCCACUGCCCCGGGUGGAGCCACAGCCUUUCCCUCCUGACUGGCCAAUGCCAGCCCGCCCACUCCCCCCGCUGCUCCUGCAGCCCUCCCUGCAACGCUACUUUGUACCUGACAAGGCAGACCCGGACAAGUACAGCUGA